CCUGUACCGCAUGGUGUUGGUGAUCUAAGAGACAAAGCUUCAGCAGUUCAAGGUUUAGGAAGUAGGGGAUGAGAAGUGUUAGUUCGGUGCUUGUGGCUUGUUUAGGGUGUAUUAAAUGUUGCAUUGGGUAUAAGUGGAACAGCAUCUCUUGCUCAAAAUUGCACAUCGUUGUCUGUGUUGCUUUUCAGUGAAAACAAUGUUCUCCAUGUUUACUUACCGAUGUUUGACAGUGGCCGUAUUGCUAGUAUGUGUAUCACAUGUAACAGGUUUUUCGUGUGAAGCUGGGUGCCCAGGUUUCCUCGAUGAUCCUGAUAAAGACAAAUGCUGUUUAACUGAAUAUGGAUUACCAAGAUGCUGCACAUCUAUAGAGUACCAUAAGCAGGUAUUGAAAGAUGGUGUUAAUGGAGCUCUGAACGAUUGGCAGGGCAACUUAGCAUCAGGGGACUGGAAUGGCAAUAGACCACUGCAAGAUAAUAGAGAUUGGGAGAUCAGUACAUUUGAUGGAGACUCAAAGUUUCCUACAAUACUUAUCAUAAUUGCUAUGGCAGCACUUUUUGGAAUUGUCGUUACAUGUUACAUACUCUGUUUAUGCUGCCCAUGUUGCUUACUCUACAAGCGAAGAAAGAGAGGAGCUGUUUACAGGCGUGUUGUAACACCCACAGUGACAGUUCCACAAGCGAACCAGUCAUCUGCAGCAGUUGUGCCCAAUCAUCCUCAAGAGGCAAACUUCACACAGCCAACUACAGUUGGGGCAGGUUUGAUGCCCAGUGUAUAUAACCAGCCACCUCAGCCUUUGGAAACAAAUUUUGCUGCGCCAGUCACAAUGGGACCACCUAUGGGAUAUAGUGGGUACAAUCCAGUACAUCAUCCUCAAGUUGCCAUGCAGCCACCUCCUCCAUAUAGUGUUGCAGUUGCAGGUGAUCCUUAUCCCAAACAGGCACCAUAUAAUCCAUUAUAUCAACAGUAAAAGGAAAAAAAAAACUUAAAUUUUUUAACUCACUGCAAUGACUGCAUAAUUUGGUCAUAAAUAUUGCCAAAGGGUGAAAGUUUGUUGUAUGUUGACACGAGUUCAUAAUGUCUAUGUAAGGAAUGGAUACGAACCUCUUACUCAAAUCUAUGACUCCCUACCUUGCACAGUUUAGAAUUUAGGAAAGAGAAAGGUAAAGAGAAUUUAAUAGUUCAUCAGUAAUAAAUAUCUAGGUACAUUUCAUGUAUCAUAUUUUAUAAAUGUGACCUACUUAUAUUGUGUGCUUCCAUAUAUCAGUGAAUAUAUUUAGUGUGGGGCAUUUGCCUCGCAAUUUUGAAAAUUAACGAUAUUGAGCACUUUGUUUAAAUUUUUAUACCAUUCUAAAAAGUAGUAAAAAUGUUGUAAUUAUAUACUGCCAUGCUGAGCAGUACUUUUUUGAAGUCGGUGUAUAGGAACUUCGUUAGAAUUCUGAAAUUACAUAAUGUGCUUCCAUAUACAAGAAUUGUAUUACGUAUUCAAAGACUUCAAAUCGACAGUCUUGUGACUUGCCACUAAAAGAUUCAUUUUUGGGUGCUAUAAGGUGGGUGCCUUGAAAUAGUCAUCUACUUUUUAGAGUAUUUUUUAUGUAACUAUAAUUAUGAAUUGAUCUGAAUUAGUGUUUGUGAAUUGUGUUACUGUGUUAAACACCAGUAAAGAUUCCUAAAAUCAUGACACUAGAGUUAUAAGAAACUACUGUAGAGCUUUAUCAAUUUUUUGAAAAAUAAAAGGAUUUUUCUAGUUU